GCACGCGCCGCCGCUGGAGCUCAGCACGAGCGCUGUUUCUCACAGCAAAAACUCUACAUCGUUUUUCAUUUUUUAAAGUGCUUUAAAGGACAUUUUGUAGCUUUGUUUGUUGAAACUGUGCGAUAUUAAAACGCUUGCCAUGUUUAAGGAUCGCUUAUGUGAUUGAAAAAGAGGAACCAUUUGUGAUACAAAGCUUCUGAAGCUGAGUGUCCAGUGUCAUGAAACUUAAUCCACGCCAGGCUCCGUUAUAUGGCAGUUGCGUUCUCACCGUUCAGCUCAGCAAUGGCGAGCGGUGUGAGACAGAGGACGUGAAGUUCUUCCUGCAUUUCACCGGCUCGACUCAGAGGCACGUGAGCAGCACACUGAGGAUCAGACAUGACACCCUACAGCUGGUGUGUCCAGCCCACGACCGCUGCGAGUCGGUGGUGGUCACUCUGUUUUCUGAGGGUCCAGAUGGCCUCGUUCGUCACCUGUCCUCAGAGCAGAUGUGUUUUGUCCAGGACUUGGCCUUGGACAUGGCCCAGUUCCUGUUGAGUGCAGUGGGCCAGGACAAAGGGACGGAGGGAGCACUUCUGCUGAACGAGUGUCACAUCCCUCUGCAGGAGUGUGAGAAACUGGACCAGAGUCUGGCACUCGCCUUCAAACACCUCACGCUGCGUCCUGACUGGAGUCUUUUACAGGACAGUAACGAUCUGGAGCCUCAGGAGACUCUACUGCACUUUGCGGCUCGUCGUGGGCUCCAGCGAGUGGCGUCCUUGCUCCUGCACCAGCCCGGAGCGAGACAGGCACUGACACUUCCCAACCAGGAAGGUGCUACCCCGGCUACUCUGGCACAGAGCUGCGGACACAACGCGCUGCUAGAGCUACUCACACAGGAGGAGACAGGCACUCAGGAUAGCACCGAGACACGUAAACGACACUGCUCUGGUGACUAUGUGGUGCAGCACCACCCGGAUCUGAACACCUACACCCUGUCAGUGGUCAACGAGCCUGGCACAACGCCACACAGCCUGCUAGAGGAUGUGCAAGAGUUGCAGCGUGCGAUUCUACAAAACACAACCCAGGUCGAGCUGCCACACAUCGGCCAAGAACGUGCAGACGACCUAGAGGCCUGUUCCGAGCACCCACAGCACAACUCAGUCAACAUCACCGAGGAAGAGUUCAUGCCUGUGUGUGAGAAAAGAAACAAAAACGAGCAUCCAGGUCCACUCCAGUGCCGAGAAGCUGACGGAGGUCGUUGGUUAAGGGCCGAGGCUCUUGCGUCUGUGACAGACAAUGGCAACAGUGACGAGGAACGGGCGUGCUCUUGUGAAAACAUCGACCGAGAUUAUGGAGCGCAAGCAGAAAGCAUAGCUGCUGGCAUACAAGGAGAUAGCCGUGACAGCUUACAGAACAGCUCUGAGGGAGAAAGUGCAGCCCCAUCCUGUGGAAAGGAGCGAGAGGAAACUGAUAGAGCUCACGGCCUGAUCUGUGAGGCACAGCAGAGUGCAGAGGGGCCUGAAAGGGAGGUCCAGGAAGAGGGGUGCAGCUUGGUGAGAGCAGAUGAAGACCAGCAUAUGGAGCUAUCAGAGUCAGCAGCAGGAGAUAUGGGAAUCACUCAAUCUGUAGACACACCUGAAUGUUCUGAUCUGGAAUCUUGUUCCCAGGGUGAAGAAAGCAGUGAUAGUGGGAGUGAGGUGGGGAACGAGAACAGAAACUCUUUGGAGCAGGAGGAGAUGGAGGGAAUAAAACAGACCUUAGCAGCAGAGCAGUCAAGGAAUGACGAGCAAGAAUCAAACGAGGCUGAUUUACAAUCGGCAAGUCCAUUUAUAUCAGCAGAUAUGAUACAUCCAGUGGAUGACAAGCAUGAAAUAAAUGCCAGUCAGACACUUCACAACUAUGAACUAGGAACCAAAGAACAGGAAAACACUGCAAAAGAUAAUACUGAUGCACAGGUGGAAGAUACCCCUGAUAUUUCCCGUCCUGACGCCGAAACAGAAAGUAGUCAUGAACAAUUUGCUACAACGUGCCAUCACAAGGAGGAAUCCGACAUCACUCCAGAUGAAACAUGUCAAAAGAACGAUACGGCUGAAGAGCUUCAGACGCCCUUAGAUGCAGAGACUAAUCCGUGUAGUUUAGGUUUGGAACUUGAUGAUGCAUCUUCUGUGACAAUUGAUAUUAUUUCCCAGAACAGCGCUGACGUUCCUGAGCCAGAACCAGAAGCAGCCACCGGGGAACCAGACUCAACAGUCGUAACUGAAACAACAGCAGGAAGUGAGAGUGAAGGACAAACUUCGGAAUGCAGCACUGACGUCUCCCUGGCUGCUCUUGGCUCACAGCCUGAAUCUUCUACACCAUCCAGCGAGGACGCUUUAGAACCUGAGGAAGCCGAGCGGGUUUCCGCAAACAUGGUACAGACGGUUUCUGCCAGUGACCCACAGGAAGUCUCACAGCAGAACAGCCUCACAUUUGAAUGCCAGCAAAAUCAGAUCUCAGAAGGGACAGAAGACAGAGAGGAUAGCGUUUCUUUGAAGAACAAAGACCGGACAGAAGAAAUCUCAUUAAAAAAUGGAGAUGGAGUUUCUGACCAAGUAGAGAGAGCUGCUUCUCCAAACUCGCUAGUUUCAGAAGAAACUGUGGAACCAAGUACGGAAGGCAGACUCAUAAUUAUCAAGGAAGGCGUCCAGCCUUGUUUUGACCACAGUGAGUCUGUGCUGUGUAAUUUCUCUGCCACGAGCCCAGCUGAUAUUGUAGACGGUUCAUUUUCACUUGAUGAGCGGUCAAGGCUUGAAAGUGAGGACAGUAAUGAGCCUGAAGUAGUGCACACCGAUUCUACGGUUACAGAGUGGACUGAGGCGAAAGAGACACAGGAAGUUGAACACAAAGAGGACGUCGAUGAACAAAUCAAAGCUCACCAGGAAGAGCUAACCGUCUCCCUGGACGAUCAGGUGGACUCGCAAACAGAGACGUGUCUCCGAGGUGUAAACCCAGUAUCUAUGAUUCACAGAGAGGGGCACUCGUUGUGCCUCGACAACUCCACACACAGCAGGCCUCUAGAGAAGAGACACAGCUCUGCGUCCACGGAGAGUCCUCGUUCUCCAGCUCGACACAGUACAGGCAGCACAACCCUCCGAGAUUCAGGCAGUGACACGGAUGGCUUCAUCAGCACUGACACGGGAGAAGACAGUGUCUUUAGAAAGGGCCAGGAGGUUCUAGGCGUGAGCGACAGUGCCAGCGAGGUUUCCGUCUCUUGCUCGUCCACAGACGACACGACCAGCCUGUGCCAGCCGAGUUCCUCCGCCGAGAGCUCAGAGGAAGUGCGGCGCCGAGGAGCAGGCGCAGGAGGAGGAGACGCCGAGGAGGAAGCCAAAGAUCGCGUGACCGAAGUGCCACUGCAUUCAGCUCUGCUCCGCUCUUCUGUCCGGUCGCAGUCUCCAUUCCGUCGUCAUAGCUGGGGGCCGGGCAAAAACCAGGCUGGAGCAGGAGACAUGAAUCAGCGCAGUUCUUUACGAAGUACCGGGGACCAAAAGCCCAUCUGUCAUAGAAGAAGUCUUAGCUGGUGUCCCACUGAGAUCCCCUUCAGUUCUGACCUGGAUGAGAUUAGCCAGCUUCUCAGUUACAGCUUAGAGGGUUUGGCAGCAGAGAGGGAUGAUGGGAAACGAUGGCAGGUGCAGGGAGCGUGCUCCUCUCAGGACCAGCAGAGCGAAGACACAGGCUCCCAGGUGUCUCUCACUGAGGAAGGGCAGGACUCAGACCUGGGAGACAGCAGCAGUCUGGACAGUCAGAAAUCGAGAAGAUAUCGGCCUUUCAGACGCAGCUGUAAGUCUAUGACUCUUCCCCUCCGUGAGAGUGUCUCCAUGCUGUCCAUCAGUCAGAGGGACAUUGACGCUAUGAGAUCCUGUGGUAGCAUUACAAACUCUCUGGCCUACAGUAUCACAGAAGAGGAGCCUGGCCCUUUAAGAGGGGACUUUGAAGGAAAAAGUGAGAACAAAGUGAGCCGGACGUUUAGUUACCUGAAGAGUAAAAUGUACAAAAAAUCUAGGGAAAAAGACAAAGAGAAGAGUCGGGAGAAAGAGAAAGAAGCCAGAGAAAAGGAAAAGAAGGCUGUGAACGGGCAUUUGUUCAGCUCUGUGAGCUUGGGCCAUGCAGCUUUUUGCCAGCACUGUAACAAAACCCUCAACGUUAAAGACACUGUCAGUUGUACGGUUUGCAGUGUGUGUGUUCACAAGAGCUGCCGAGACAGCAUUCCUGUGUGUACCAAAGGAAAGUUUCCAAAACAGCCCCAGAUCGUGAUACCGUUGUCGUCCACCAUGCCUGGAGUCACUUUAAGAACAAAAACCUCUGCCCCUCGGGAAAGGCCCUGGUCAGCCAUUUUGUCUCCAGACGACCACCUCUCUUUGUUGGCUGCUCCCCGUAGACACACGAGCAUCAUGUCUUUCAACAGCAGCAACCUGUCCAAAAGCAUGUCCAUCAGCAACAUUGCAGUAUUUGAUGAAAUGCCAUUAAAGAGUGUGAGAUAUUUAUCCCAGUCCACGGACAAUUUGCACAAAGCCAACAAGGUCAACGAGUCCACCGAGUCUCUGAUAGAUGAAGGAACAGAGAUUGAUGGGCAGCUGAUGGGAGAGUUUGAGGCAGAUGCCAAAGAGUUGGAAGCUGACUCGUGGAGCCUUACAGCGGACAAGAAAUACUUGAAGCACCUGAAAAAGGACGUCAUCAAGCAGCAGGAUGUCAUUUACGAGCUGAUUCAGACAGAGAUGCACCACGUGCGUACGCUGCGGAUUAUGGCGGAUGUGUACAGCAAAGGGCUGCUGAAAGAGGUGCAGCUGGAACCCCAGACGGUGGAUAAAGUCUUCCCUGUGCUGGAUGAUCUACUGGAGAUGCACACACUCUUCUUCAGCAGCCUGCUUGAGAGGAGGAGAGAGGCCAAGCAAGAGGGCAAAGACGGAGCCUUCAUUGUCAGCAAGAUUGGGGAUAUACUGGUCAACCAGUUUUCGGGCUCCAAUGGCGAAAGCAUGAAGAAAGUUUAUGGGAAGUUCUGUAGCCGUCACAACGAAGCAGUGAACUUGUACAAGGAGCUACACACCAAAGACAAGCGCUUCCAGACUUUUAUCAGGAAAAAGAUGAGCAGCAGUAUUGUUCGUCGAAUGGGGAUCCCCGAGUGCGUAUUACUAGUCACUCAGCGAUUAACAAAGUACCCGGUCCUGCUGCAGAGGGUCCUGCAGCACACUAAAGAGAACGAGGAAGACUAUGAGGACCUCACACAGGCUCUGCAACUCAUCAAGGAGGUAAUAGCUGCUGUGGACAACAAGGUGAACGAGCAUGAGAAGAAGAAAAAGCUAGAGGAGAUCUAUAACCGGACAGACGGCAGAACCAUCACACGCAUGAAGAGCGGUCAGAUGUUCGCCCGAGAAGAUCUGAGACGAGGAAGGAAGCUCCUUCACGACGGGCCGCUCCAGCUGAAAACCACAACAGGAAGACUGAAGGAUGUUCAAGCCUUGCUUCUCACUGACGUCUUAAUAUUCCUGCAAGAGAAGGACCAGAAAUACGUCUUCGCUUCCCUAGACCAACGCGCCACCGUUAUACCUCUACAGAAGCUAAUCGUCAGAGAGGUGGCUAACGAGGACCGAGGCUUCUUCAUCAUCGCAGCAGGCAUAGAGAAACCAGAGAUGGUGGAAGUGCAUGCCACUUCAAGAGACGAGCGCAACACGUGGAUGCAGCUCAUUCAGAACGCUAUGCAGUCUAAAGAAAAGGACGAUGAUGAGGGCAUUCCAAGUGAGACGGAGGAAGACAAAAAGUUACUGGAGUCCAAAGCGAAAGAGAUGAGAGCAAUGCUUCAAAGAAAGGAUGAUCAGAUCAUGGCUCUCCUAAAUGAGAAGAUAAAGCUCUUCCAUGAAAUGGGUGGCUCUGGAUCGCGUGAAGACGCAGCCUCGGCCAUCAGGAUGCUGUUCAGAGCCUGCAGUGAAGACAUGCCCAGAGGAGAGAAUAUCAUGAAGGAAGCAAUUAGAGAAGUGGAGAUGUUGCAGACGCUGGUCCACAGCGGUCUGGGAGGAGCCGUGAGCCAGCAGGGGGCCAUUGAUCCCGGAAACACAGCGUCAGUGCUUCUGCCUCGUAGAUCUGAGACCUUUGGAGGCUUCGACAGCCACCAGAUGAACAGCUCCAAACACGGAGAUAAAGAGGAGGUCGAGGACCUGAGGAGGACAGAAUCCGACAGCGUCCUAAAAAAGGGGGGAAACUCCAACCUGCUGCUCACUCUGAAGAGGAACAGAGAGCAGAUCCUGAGCAGUGUUACACAUCUCCAUGAGCUCCUCAGUUCACUGCAGGCCAUGGUGGUUCAGCAAGACACGGUCCUGGAGGAACAGCGUCAGGCUCUAAGCGAGCGUCCUUCCUCACGUCCCUCGUCUCGGCCUCCGUCUCUAGUGGAGCAGGAGAAGCAGCGCAGUGCGGAGCGCCAGCGCCAGGAAGCAGCCGCUCACGCUGAGGACAGGAAGCGCAGGGAAAAGGAGUGGGAGGCACGAGACAAAGAGCUGUGCAACCGAGAGCAACUCCUCACCACCAAAGAGGAGGAGGCACAGAAGAGGCGCUCCGAGUUGGAGGAGGCUCAGCAUGAGCUGCAGAGCAGGAAGGAGGACUACCAGAAAGACCUAGAAAGACUGAGGGAUGCACAGCGGAGGCUGGAGAGAGAGAAGGAGCAGAUGCAGAGAGAGAUGGACAUGCUGGAACAACUCAAGGAGACGGAGAAGAGGGUGAGCAGGACUCUCUCGAGCACCUCAGAGGACUCAUUAAACAUUCAGAGCAGCAGUUCUGUGGAGCAAGAGGUGAAGCGGGAGAAGGACGAAGGAGAGCACUCCACAAGCCCCAGAAAGAAUUCUCUCUCCAGAAUGGACUCCAGACAGAAAGGCCGAAACCUCAACGCCUUCAAUCCUUUCGCUCCUAAAGCCGUGAGCGCAGAGGGCCAGAAACAGAUCCCCGGCCGCCUCCUCCAGCUCACCAGGCCCAAAGAGAAGAAAGACAAGAAGAAGAAGAAAAGCAAGAACAAGUCCACCCAGGAAGCAGAAUCCCAUCUGCUGCCACUGACCGAGCCUCCGCUGGAUGGAGAUACUUUCUUCUCCUGAUUUGGCCUUCGCUACCUAUCGACUCAUAACUCUCUCAUUCUCUAAGCUAUCUGCACCGGCUGAAUGUAACUCAGUGCAGGAUGCCUGCCAAAGUGCCUGCGCUGUGUCCCUGGCACGCUCCGCCACGCUAAUUGGGCUGAAUUCGCCCCCGAAAUAUUUCCACAUCCUGCAUAUGUGGCGCGUACACGUGGGACAUGUAUCUGUAUGUGCAAUUCACAGAGUGACGCUCACUUCUGAAUGUCACACACGCAGACUUCAUCUGUCUGACCUCAAUAUGCCUAAUGCCCCAGAAAUCUUUUAUAUACUGGAAGACAAAAUAUGAGAAGGAUAAAAAAAAAUGUCUGUCUUUUAUUAUUGAGAGUAGUGGAUAAUAACAGCAAGAUGUUGGCGAAACAAGGCUCUACAAUAAUUCUCUGAGAAUUUAAUCCUAUCAGGCACUUUAUAGACCUCCAGGACAAUCAGUCUAGACACCAUUAACCCCAGACAGACAUCGCUUAUGGUGUGGUUAUCACCACCUCUUCUAAACAUAUACAUUAUUACAUGUCACAAUGUGUGAUUUUAUAAAUACUGUGGACGUCCUGCUAGACGUAUUUCUUACAAAACAGGGCUAAAAUGAGUAAAACUGUAAAUAUUGUAGAAAUCAGAAACAAAAUGACCUGCUGGACAGGGAGUAUGUGUGUGUGUGUGUGUGUGUGUGUGUGUGUUUGCACAGAAAAUGCAACACACUAAAAACUGCAGCAACUACGCAUUCACACCACUUAGGCACGGAGCCUAGCAAUCGCAAUCGCAACCACUUUCAUUCACUUCCUGUUUUUGUUUUUUUACAAAUAAUACACUGAACUAUUCACUCGGUCACAUUUCAGUCAGCGGUGUUUCAGCGCACAGCUUUUGUAGUCUGAAUCCAUUUUUUAGAAGUCCCACUUUGACUUGAUUUGUGCACUUCAAGCACACUCAAGCUGUUCCUUUUUGUUUCGUUCCAGCUAGCACUCGCUUGCACUGAAUGACUCGAUCCAGCAGGAGGUGACAGAGAGUACUUCGUUGUUGUUUAUCGUUACGGUCAUUGUACCUACAUAUCUGUGUUUAUGUGACCCUAGAACUGAGGUAAUCAGAUAUUACACUCUGAUGACAGAUAAUGGUCCUUACACACAAAAAGGGAAUCAAAUAUUUUUUCCUUCUAUGGCCUUACAAAAUUGAGGACGUGUGCAGUUUCAGUCUCGGCUACACUUUUUCUUAUGUUUGUGUGGCCUAACCAGGGCAACAUAAAAUCAGGCAAAGUAUUUAGAAUUGCUCAGUGUAGCUUAAACAAAUGAUGAAAUGCACUAAUAAACAAUGCAGCGUUUUUUCUCAGGAGUGCAAAAAAAAUAAAAAAUAAAUAAAAAAUAGUAAGAAAUAUUCAGUACUUGAAGAGGUACAGUAUUGUUUUCUUGCUGAAUUAUCUAAAGGGACAAAAUUAAGAUGUAAAUAUUUUGUGAAUGAUAUUAACUGUAUAAGAAAGGACUGUGUGUGUCUAAUUUGUAGCUGAUUUCACUAUUUUGUAAGAAGACUUUAUUUAUCAUUGACCUUGGAGGCAAAAAAAAAAAAAAAAUGUAAUAUUGGCCUCAGAAUAAUUAAAAGAAACAUGUUUAAAUUA